AACCACAGUCAUCAGUAGUGAAAGAGCGAGCAUAACAUUCGUAUCGUCGUCGAGUCGAGUCGUUUUCGUGAUUCAUUGCUAUACGGAUAUAGCUGUUUGUAGGAGAGUGGAUACCCACAGUGCUAGUGGAAAGGAGCCAACCUUGGAAUUGUUCAAUAGUCGAUUGUGGUGAUUAACGACGACUAGAAGGAAGUAGGAAGCAGAGGAGUUCGAAGUUCACUGUUUUGGGACAUCAAGAUGACUAUCCUUACGAAGCCCUUUGGGGAUGCGAAGAAACCAGAGAAGACUAUCCUCCCUCUGGUAGGUGGUUCCGGAGUUCCAGUGGCCCCGACAGCUCCAUCCGAGACUGCCCGCGACGAUGAAUCGGCUGCCUCCAGUAUUAUUCUGAUUCGCCGUGCCCGUCGCUUUUCAUCGGCCACUACUUACAUCCUGUUUCUGAUUGCGCUGCUGGUCACAUCGCUGGGCAUCAUUGCCGGCGUGUUCUACUACCGCCAGUAUGCCCACUCGCGGAAUCACCUUCGAUUCCACGGUUUCUGCCAGAUCCCAUAUGAUUCAUCGAACAUGAACGACAACCAAAUGUACUACAUGAACUCGAUGCUCCGUGACGACACCGACGAGCUUAACUCGCAAAUCCAACGGCUGUUAAAUCCGUACCAAAACGACCUCACCGAGAUUGAGAAUCGCAUGGAGGAAACCGAAAAGGAAGUGAGCGACCAAUUCUUCAAGGAGGAAUUCGAACUGGGACUGUCCGACGAGGAGAACUACUCCAAGAUCAACGUGCCGGUGUUCCGCGGUCAACGUCAGGGUCGCUUCUUGCACGACUUCAAGUACAACCAGUCCGGUAUCAUCGACAAGGACAACGGCCGGUGCUUCCUGAUGCCCCUGGAUCGGGAUACCGUCCUGCCGCCCAAAUCGCUGCGGGAUCUGAUCGAGAAGAUGUGGAACGGAUACUAUAACAUCAACACCAGCACGGUCCGCAAGAACAUGCGCGUCAUCACGCCGGAGCUGAAGGAUCUGAGCGAUGUGUCGCCAAGGAUCACCAACGAGUGCGAGGAAAUGAAGAUCUACCGGUUGGAGAAACUGGUUUCUGGAGUUUUCAAACGAUCGGCUGACCUUCACCAGCAUGCCAAGUACGCCGAGUUCGGUGGCAACCAUAUUACCGAAAUCGACAUUCAAAACUUGGAGGACAUCAUGCACUAGAGUGAGCUAGAGGGUAUGGAUAUCCAUCCAAAUUGAUUUAUUUAUGUUAAAUUACGUAUAGCAGAUGCAAACGCGCACCUACCAAGAAUAACAAACUACUAAAACCAAAAAAAAACAUACACUCUUUCACCAUUUGAGAGCGGAAACUAGGUGGAUAUGGAUGGAAAAUUAAAACAAUUUUCUCUAAUGGUGCGGAAACAAACAAAAAUGUACGGGAUAAUCGGUUUGAACUUUCUUAGCAAAUAGAACCUUAUUAAUUGAAUUGGUGCCCCAGAAACCUGAUGGCAACGUGAUGUGGAACAAGUCAUUGUUAAAAGACAGACUAGUAAACUUGAAUCGUAUAAACCAAACUCGAUUGAUGUAAAACUCUAUUUUUUAAUCGAACUCUAUACAGUUAAAUAACACAUUUAGGAACCCUGCGAAUAGUUCCCGCUGAGAAACUAUUUACCAUUCCCCAAACUCUGCUUUUGUGAAGCAACUCUGUGUCCGUAGUUAUUUUGUCUAAUGUGAUAAUAAUUUAGGGAUUUGUUGCCCUCUGAUUUUAAAACCACUUACCUAGUUGAAAGUUCCCGUACAAAAGUAAAAUCUGUAAUUGCCUACAUCAACUACCGCUAUGUAUGCUUCAAAUCGAAUCGAAAAUGUUUAGAGCCUAAGAAAAGAUACACUGUGUAUGUAAUUGUUACCUGUGGAAGUGCAUCAAAUGGGGUGGAAAUCUAAGAAGCAGGAAGAGGCGGAGUGUUUUUCCAGCGACUAUGUUGUAGUUUCGAAAUUGAAAGGAUUUUUACUAUGCGAUAUGAUAUGUUAGUUUAUGUUUCAACUGAUUGUAAAUUAUUCGUCAGACAGCGUUGCCACAGUUUUGUGAUUAUUUGGCUCUAUAUCAUACUGGUGUUGUGUAUUACAUUUGCCUAAAAACAUACAAUAAGAUGGUGAAACGAAAGUGUAAUCAAUUUAAAACACAAAAUCCUACACAAAGCCUGAUGAUAGUGAUCCAAGAAGAAUUAGUGAAUUGCAAUUUACUGUGGAAUAUUAUAAUAAAGUUUUAUUAGAAACCAAA